CCAGGGGGGUGCGGCCUAAAGGACGUUCAUUUUGGGUGUGGAGUCAACUCGCGUUAUCCAGCGCCAAAUUCAAACUGGGAGAAAGAAAUAUUGUGUUCCAGAGCGAGAGAAAAGAAAAAGGCAACAAACAGACACCGCGCCUUGAGAUCCUCUGAGCAUGACGUCAUCGAUGAUGACCGGAUAUGGCAAGGCCAUGGUAGGGGUUUGGCGGGCACACACCGCCCUCGAGGAGUCUGAUGAGGCAGAGGGCUCUCCAGAAGCCCCCAGCCGCUUCCGCAAGCUCCGCUCCUCGUCCUCGCUCAACUCCCUGCGAAUGACUCUGAAGAAACGCCUUCCGCUGCGCUCCGUCCAGACCAACUCCCUCCCGGAGAACCCUACCUGGGAACCGGUGCAGGAGCCGACCAAACCGGGCACCAUGGGCAAGCUAGCCCGCGGUGCCCGCCAAUCUGUGGGCGGAGUCUACCAGCGGCUGCAGAGGAGCAGAGAAGCCAGGCAGGAGGAGUGUCUGGUGUCCACUCCCGGGCGAGUCGGAGAGCAUGAGGAGGGUACUCCAUCCACCUCUCGCACCCCUCAACGCACCCCGGGCCGACCUGUCACCCUGGUGGCAACACCAACCCCUCGCCGCACCCCCAGGGCUUGUGCCACACCGGGACGCACCCCUGCGUCCAGGCGGCGGUCGGCGAAAAAGGGCACGCCUAAGGCCGGCGAUGAGGCCCGCGGGGUGAGGCCCAGAGGAGGCCGGAGGCAGCUUGUGCGUAUGGCCGCUUUGAAGAGCCCCUUCGCCUCGCCCAACACGCAGAACCAGAGACGGAAGUUUGACCAGGACCUGGAGAGCGUGUCUAGUGGACUGAAGAGGCUCAAGCACCUUUCCAGGGCCUUCGACAGCUUCAUUGGGAGAGACGACAGGAAUUUCAACUAUUCCCAAAUGACCGAGUAGUAAUAAAGGACCAACGGCCUGGAGCGCGUGGGGGGAGCCGUGAUACGAAAGUUGGACCCGAACGGCAAACUGAGCCGCUCCAACCUGACCCGGCGCGCCACUAAGUUGUCGCACACGCUGGGAGAAUUGGCUCACACCACCGCCAGCAACAUCCGCAAAACCUAAACCCAACCGACAGCACCUCUUGCACUGUUUGAUUUCAUUUGUCCCAUUGACUUGGUAUGUUCACACGGGAAUUUUGUUGGACAUAAAGUCGGGUGUACGUUUAAAUCCGGUACCAUUUGUACUGUACUUUAGUCACUAUUGCAUUAUGUGUCUUGAGAGUCGUUAGUUGUGAGUUGGCGCUCUCGUUGUAGCUACAGUGGUCUGUUGUCAUAGCGACCCCGAGUGAAGGGAAGAUGGUGUGGGAGCUUUAUGGAUUUUAUGCGCUGUUCUGUCUAUCAGUGCACAUUUCCCUGUUACAUUGGAAUACCAACCAAAUGAAGUAGUUACUGAGUAUUGUUUGUUACAUUUAUUUUUCUAGAGUUGUUUACUGUUGCACUGAUUUUUAUAUCAAACCUACUUAGAGUUUAGUCACCAAGACCAAAAGUAUCUGUUAACUAACACGUUUACUACUCAUGGACAGAGAGGCUUUCCCUCUCCAUUUCAAUAUCCAAGACUAAUGAUGCCUUAUACGUUUCAGACACUAUUUGAUGUAUUCCUUAUAUUAUAGAAUGCAAAGACAUUUUUGUAGUUAUUAAGACUCUUUUUUUCACGUUGGACUAGUACACCUAUGAAAAAAUAAUGUAUGGGAAUGCUGUCAAUGCCCAGUCCAUAACGUGAUGUAAUGAUGCUGUGCAUGGCAGUUUUUAUGAUCAUGACUGAAUCCCUCCAAUUCCUAUUGUCAAGGGGGAUGGGAUCGACAAGCGUUUUUUAUAAUAGAUGUAUCAUGUGAAGCUUCACAAUAAAUGUUAUACCUUUUUAAA